GCAGACGAGAGUUUUUUUUUCAGUCGCAGCACUAGAGAGCCAAGCCGGGAUUGCUGACUCCGCACACGUAGCGUACGCAGUACCCUUUUCCGACGUUCGCUUAUUUGAUAAAAAGAAGAUUUUGUGUUUAAAGUGAAGCCUCGAGCUUUGUGAGAGUGGAAAACCCAGUGCGACGUGACGAAGGAUCGAUUUUUGCAUUAUUUGUUCCCAAAAGUGAAAAAUCAUGGCCGAUAACCCAUCCAGAAUGAAGGCUGACAACAAAAAGAAAUUGAAUGUUGGCAAUCUGCCCGCCGACGUCACCGAGGAGGAACUGCGGGAGCUUUUUGCGGACCAUCCGGUUGAAAGUGUGGAAAUUUUCCACUUCAAACAGUACACCUUAGCCCUGUUGCUCUUCAAAGAUAAGGAGACGGCAACGAAGGCUCUCAAGGAGAAAGAAAACUCUGUCUUCCGCGGACGUCGGCUGCGUAUGCACCUUGAGUUCAUCGUCAUUUGUCACAUGAAGAAGGAUGUCUUCGUGCAUGUUGUUGACAAUGAGAAUGUAACGGAGGAGGACGUGUAUGAGAAGUUUAAAGAUCUGGCCAAGAUCCAGUCGGUGGUUUUGUUCCAUCCGCUUGCCUACGUGACUUGCACCAGUCCGGAGGACAAGGAGGAAGCAAUGAAGAAGAUCGCUGAUGCGGGCAUUACCGUGUACGAUUGUAACGGGCACGAUCAGAACCAGCACAUUGAUGUGCUGCGGGCUGCCAAGCUGUUCUUCCGCAAUUUGAACCGCGUCCAGAUGUACAACAUUCCCGAGAGCUGGAUCGGCUCCCAGGACGAGCUGAAAAAGGCAGUCGAAAGCUCCGGUACCGUGACCGAGGUGCGCGUCACGACCGGCAACUUUGGGCCGGCGGCGCAAGUUUUCUACGAGACGGCCGAUGAGGCCAAGGCCGCUGCUGAGAAAUUGAACCAGCAGAUUUUCGAGGGCAAGCGCGUCCACGCGCAUCACGUGAUUGCCACGAUGAUUCCGAAUUUCAAAACGACCGUGUACUUGGAAAACUUGGACAAAUCCAUCACGGAGGAGAUGCUGUACACGCACUUUGAGCAGUACGGCGAGAUCGAGUUUGUAAAUCGGCGCAAGUUCGGCGACGAGCACGGUUUGGUGUGCUUCAAGGAUGCGAGCUCGGUGGACCGUGCGCUCGAAUGUACCAGCUUGCCGCCGGUGGUCAAGAAGGAGGAGGACGGCGGCGUCCCAGAGGGCAAGCCCAUCGUCGUCAAGCGCUACGAUGGUCCAUUGGUGCUGGACAUUAAGCUGCCCAUCAUGAAGAAGGGCGCCUCGAGCGAGGAGGGCGAAGAGCAGAAGCAGCGCCCACCGCCCCAGCCCCUAGCAAAGCUUUGGCCGAUCUACGUUGCGAACCUCCCGUACAAGGCGGACAAGCGCGAAAUCAAACAGUAUUUCUCCAGCUACGGUGGACACAUUAAGUUUAUCUUCUCGCCGAACAUUCCGUCGUACAAACAGAGCCAAACGUCCAUGGUGAUGGCCGCGCUCAUUUACUUCGCACGCCGCGAGCAGGCCAACGAGGCGAUCAAGGCGUUCAAUGGCAAGCACUUCCAGAGCAAGUGCCUGCACGUGUUCCCGGGCCGCAAGGACACGUACUUCGAUACGGAAAAGUCGAUCAAGGUGGUGCGGCUGAACCUGGCCGUCACGGAGGAGAAGCUGUUCGAGAAGUUCCGCAAGUUUGGCUUCAUCGAGUGCGUGGUGAAGAAGGAUCGUACCACCGCGUACAUCGAGUUUCGCGAUAAGGAAAUCGCCGAGAAGGUGCUGAAGCUGGAGGAGAAGCAGCGCCCCGUGCGGUGCAACGUGGAACCGGUGACGGGCAAAAUUAACAAGAAGAUUUUCAAGGAAAACGAUGAGAAGAUCUCGCUUGCGAUGCAAGAAAUCAUCGACAAGAACCCGGCAGUGUUGGAGAACGUUUCAUCGGAUCGUUCCAGCGGUCCGCCACCACUGAAACGAAGCCGGUUCAGCGGUCCAGCUAACUUUGGCAUGCAGGGACCGCGCAAUCAGUUCAAUCCGAACAUUGGCGGGGGCGAUUUCAGCAAUCCGCAGGUCAUUCAGGAUCUGCUCCGGUUGGCGUUCAUCUCUGGCAAAAAUCUCGGCGAAGGUCUCGCCAUCAGCGGCAACAGCAGCAAUCCGUUCAACAGUGGCGACCCGCCGCUACCGAACCUGAACCUGACCAAUGGGUUCGGCGGUGGCAACCAGCGCAACAGCUUCAACAAUUCCAACAACGGCAACUUUGGCGGCAGCUCGAACAACGCCGGCGGUAACAUGGGCGGCGGCGGCAACCGCAAUAACAUGGGCGGUGGUGGCGGUGUCAAUCGCAACUUUGGCCAAAAUGUGGGUGGUGGCGGUGGCGCGAUGGGCAGUGGUGGCUACCGUCUGAAUAUGGGCGGUGGCGGUGGCGGCAACUUUGGCAACAAACGGUUCAAUAACGGUGGCUCCCAGCAAACGAAUCGCAUGGGCGGACAGAACAACCGCCAGGGUGGUGGCAACCAGAAUCGGCGAUUCUAAGGUCGCUCUCUCUCUCACACACACACCGUCGACGUUCAUACAAACAUCCCGACACAAUCACACAAACAGACCAUUAUGACCCCCCCAUCAUCAUCGUACUACAACAACACACUCUUGGACAACGGAACACACCAACCCAUCUUUGACCACCCGUUUUGCAUCUUCUACUUAAUGUGUGUGUCUGACAACAUUUUACGUUUUUGGCGUGAUGGCGCGUCUGUCGCCGCCCCCCCCCCUCUAUUUUAGACGAAGACGAUGAUAUCAUCGCGGUCAUGGAUCAGCUGCGAAACUAUUUGAAUAUUAGCUAUCCUUUGUGUGUAAUUUAACCAAAUCGUGUAAGGCGGCCGCGAUCUCUUGUACUCGAUCGGUCGGUUCGGCAUAUUGUGUAGAAUCAUUACCACACAUACCGGUGGUAUAUUACUGAAACAAACAAAUUGAACACUUGAGCUAAAUUCGUGUUUAGGAAUCAUUUUUAUUUUUAUUUUACACAACAACGAGAUAGGCUGCUUCUCGUGUCUUGCGUCGGGGACAGCUUUGCUAUAUAGUCUUCAUGGCGACCUGCAUCCGUGUGGACUUUGGUUGUAACACGUAAACAAUAAAACGGAAUAAAUCUAACGUGCGCCAAUAUGAAUAUGUGUGUUAGGGGUAGGCACCGCCCUCUAGUAGUGGUAGUGCGGCUCUGACGCCAGCAUAGGAGAAAAGCUGUCCCACACGACCUAAAAUUUGGUUUUCCGAUCGCGACCCGGGACCCAUUUCCCAAUGACGCGAUCUUUCUUCUCUUUAGACACAAUAUUUAACCGAAAGCUUGAAACUAGCGCUAAUAAAUUGUAUUAUGCGUGCGUAUAUGUCCUUGAUAUGCAGUAUUUUGUUUCAUUUCCCGAAGGUGCGCUGAAACCGGGCGGCGACAGAACCGCCGUAAUCUCUUGUGUUGGACGAAUUUUCUGCUAAGGAUUCUUUAGUCCCCCAAUAUGCGUGUUACGUGUGUAAGAUCUUCAUCUUGACGCGAGGUGACUAAGCAGUAACGGUCCUCACAGUCCUUUCAUUCAGCGCAACACAAAUCAAAUGGAAGCAAUCUUGAAGAUUGCUUGUGAAAUGUGUGGUUUUUUGUCUACUUAAAGAAAAGAACACUUAUGCGAACCUAACCACGUAUGAUUAAACGGCUUACGAUGGAAUGAAUAUGAAUCACCAUAGCAAGAACCAUAGGAUAAGCCCACAGUUUAUGAAGAUUAAAUAUCUUAAUGAUGGUAUACACAAAACCUAGAGGCCAGCAAUGGUCGGGUGUCGUGAGUGUGCGAUGCUUUCUUGAUGAAAGCAGGACGAUAAGGAAGCUUCAGUUCGGCACGAUCGCUAAUAACUUUCCUUUGGUUGGUGGUGGUGUGAGCACUACCACACGACGUAGCAAGUAACGGCUCGUAAUGGUUGUCCGCGUAAGCGUAUUAAUCCACAUUAAAAGCAAACCCACACACAAGAAGCGAACUUGACUCAUUUAAAGAACAUUGUAGAACCGAUAAUAUGCAAAAGAAAGUUGGAAAAGUUUUCUUUUGCUGGCUAGCCCGACGUUUAGCCGUCGGGCCAGUGUGUUAGCCAGCAUAAAUCAGCACCGUUAUGUUGAACAGGGCACACCGUAACGAUGCUGCUGUCUGCUCAUUCCAGUGUAAUAGAAGGACAAUUUGAAAUGGAUAGUUUUGGUGUGCGUGUGUGUAGCAAAGGACGCACCAGUUUCAGAGUCAUUUUCAGUACGGACACUUUGAAUGGGUCUAUGUUACUACUACUACCACUACUACUGCUUCGUUACGCGAAGGAGUGUGCGCGGAACAACACGCACGGACGACGGUGUUUAAGUCAGAACCAGACUACUCUACUAAUUCACUCCCUCUCAACUCUUACAACUGUAUUGUAUAAUUAUAAUCUACUAUUUAGAUGUGAGCAUAUUUCAUAAAAAAUGCAACUGAGAACGAUCGUGUAGUUAACAAAUCGAUCAUGUGCGAUCAAACAAUGUGUAGGGGUAACGUGUCUCCAGCAGUAAAGUGGAAAACGUGUAUUUCUCGAAAUACAGUACAAAAAAAGUGGAAAAUUUUUCAAAAAAUAAAGUAAAAAAUGGCAAAACACAA